AUGAACCACUCGCCGCUCAAGACGGCCCUGGCCUACGAAUGCUUCCAGAACCAGGACAACUCGACGCUGGCGCUGCCCUCGGACCAGAAGAUGAAGAUGGGCGCGUCGGGCAGCCAGCGCGUGCAGGAGCAGGUCAUGAUGACCGCCCGGCGGCACAAGACCAAGUCCUCCCAGUCGUCCACCCUGAGCCACUCCAACCGAGGCUCCAUGUACGAUGGCCUGGCCGACAACUACAACAACUACGGGACCACCACGCGGAGCAACUACUACUCCAAGUUCCAGAUGGGGAACGGCUCGUGGGCCUACCCGCUCUACAAUGGGACCCUCAAGCGGGAAGCUGACAACCGGCGCUUCAGCUCCUACAGCCAGAUGGAAAACUGGGGCCGCCAGUACCCCCGCAGCAGCGGCCACGCAGGCAGCGACAUCUGCUUCAUGCAGAAGAUCAAGGCCAGCCGCAGCGAGCCGGACCUGUACUGCGACCCGCGGGGCACCCUGCGCAACAAGAACACGCUGGGCGGCAAGGGCCACAAGACCACCCAGAGCCGCUACAGCUUCUACAGCACCUGCAGUGGGCAGAAGGCAAAGUGCCCCGUGCGCCCGCCCUCCUGCAUCUCCAAGCAGGACCAGGUGUGCAUCCCGCCCACCUCCUGCAACAAGGACAUGUCCUUCAGCCACUCCAGGGCCAGCUCCAAGAUCUGCAGCGAGGACAUUGAGUGCAGCGGGCUGACCAUCCCCAAGGCAGUGCGGUACCUGAGCUCCCAGGAUGAGAAGUUCCAGGCCAUCGGGGCCUAUUACAUCCAGCACACCUGCUUCCAGGACGAAUCGGCCAAGCAGCAGGUCUAUCAGCUGAGUGGCAUCAGCAAGCUGGUGGACCUCCUGCGCAGCCCCAACCAGAACGUGCAGCAGGCCGCAGCCGGGGCGCUGCGCAACCUGGUGUUCCGGAGCAGCACCAACAAGCUGGAGACCCGGCGGCAGGGGGGCAUCCGGGAGGCCGUCAGCCUCCUCAGGAGAACCGGGAGCACGGAGAUCCAGAAGCAGCUGACCGGGCUGCUCUGGAACCUGUCCUCCACGGACGAGCUGAAGGAGGAGCUCGUCGCGGACGCCCUGCCCGUCCUGGCCGACCGCGUCAUCAUCCCCUUCUCCGGCUGGCGCGACGGAAACAGCAACAUGCCCCGGGAAGUGGUGGACCCCGAGGUCUUCUUCAACGCCACCGGCUGCCUGAGGAACCUGAGCUCGGCGGACGCCGGCCGUCAGACCAUGCGGAACUACAUGGGGCUCAUCGACGCCCUCUUGGCCUACGUGCAGAACUGCGUGGCAGCCAGCCGCUGUGACGACAAGUCCGUGGAGAACUGCAUGUGUGUGCUGCACAACCUGUCCUACCGCCUGGACGCCGAGGUGCCCACCCGCUACCGGCAGCUGGAAUACAACAACCGCAACUCGUACACGGAGAAGUCCUCCACCGGCUGCUUCAGCAACAAGAGCGACAAGAUGAUGAACAACAACUACGACUGCCCCCUCCCCGAGGAGGAGACCAACCCCAGGGGCAGCGGCUGGCUGUACCACUCGGACGCCAUCCGGACCUACCUGAACCUCAUGGGCAAGAGCAAGAAGGACGCCAUCCUGGAGGCCUGCGCAGGGGCCCUGCAGAACCUGACGGCCAGCAAGGGGCUGAUGUCCAGCGGCAUGAGCCAGCUGAUCGGGCUGAAGGAAAAGGGGCUGCCGCAGAUCGCCCGCCUCCUGCAGUCGAGCAACUCGGACGUGGUGCGCUCCGGGGCCUCCCUGCUCAGCAACAUGUCUCGGCACCAGGCGUUGCACAGGAUGAUGGGGAACCAGGUGCUCCCCGAAGUGGCCAGGCUGCUCACCAGUCACACUGGCAACACCAACAACUCAGAGGACAUCCUGACCUCGGCCUGCUACACUGUGAGGAACCUGAUGGCCUCCCAGCCGCAGCUGGCCAAGCAGUUCUUUUCCAGCAGCUUGGUCAACAAUGUCAUCAACCUCUGUCGCAGCAGCACCUCAUCCAAGGCUGCAGAGGCCGCCCGGCUCCUCCUGUCUGACAUGUGGUCCAUCAGGGAGAUGCAGAGCAUCCUCCGACAGCAAGGCUUCGACAGGAAUACGCUGGGAAGCUUAGCUGGGGCCAACAGCCUCAGGAACUUCACCUCCCGCUUCUAAGACCAGGCUGCCUGAGCGGGAUCAGCUUGCAGAAACGACACGACCCUGAGGAGGGGCCCUCAGGCCUGGCUGGAGGGUGGUUCUGGCCACCUGUGCAGUAUUUGGAAAAGUCAAAGCAACAAGAACAAACCUGGAAACUGCAGAUGAUGGAAAUAUUUUUAGAUUCUUUUUUUUUUUU